AUGGCCGCCAAUCUCUAUCCCCAUAGAGGCUUUAUGCUUGAUACAGGCCGAAAGUUCUUCCCUGUCAAAGCCAUUCUUCACUUGCUGACCUUGCUUCACCAAUACAACUUCAAUGUCUUUCACUGGCAUAUCUACGAUGCGGAAAGCUUUCCUCUACUUUGGCCCGGGGGCGAGGGUUUGACAAAUGCCAGUGUCAAGUACAGCCAGACUCACACAUUCUAUACGCCCACCGAUAUUCAAAACAUCGUCUCUUAUGCCGAGAACCUUGGGAUUAUGGUGUACCCGGAGACAGACAUGCCUGGUCACAGCGAUAUCUGGGGAAUAUGGAAAAAGAAUUUAGUUGUAGGCAAGACAAGCUUGACAAAGCCAGACGCCCAGCUCGACAUCAGAACGAACAACAAAGCAGUGUAUGACAAUAUCACCAACUUAGUAGCUACCGUCGAUGGGUAUUUCGGCUCACCUUACCAUCACUUUGGUGGCGAUGAAGUCGCGUACAUGUGGAACACCAAGGACGACAACAAGUUAUUCAAUACAUUUUUAAACUGGCUCAAAACACUCACUCCCAAGAAAUCGGUCAUCUUAUGGGAUGAUCCUCUUACCGACUCUGAAAAAAGCAUCACCUUAGCAAAAGACUGGAUCAUUCAAACCUGGCAUAAGGGCACCACUUCAAAGAUCCUUAAAAAGGGACACCGGGUUAUCGUUUCAGAGUCUGACACGUUCUAUAUCGGAAAUGCAGAUGCUGACAAGAUAUCCAAAUUCGUGUUCCCCAAGGACUCCAAGGUCUUGGGAUUCGAAAUCGCGUGGUUCACUUCACAGGAUGAUAGUCCAAGUGAUUUGGAUCAAGACUGGAUUCUGGAUCCCUUGAAGGCCGCAUCGAAGAUCCGAAGGAAGUAA